AUGGGGUUGAUGAGAGACGGGUGUGAGACCAUGAUCUUCGUGAGGCUGGAGAGGGCCAACUUGUCGGAGCCGUCGCAUGGCGAUGAGAAGGAAGAGAGGAUUGGGACGCUGCUCCUGGACAACAGUCAUGGCUCGAGACUGCUGGAGGACGUGAUGAACCUCCUCGGCAUGCCGUCCAGCCUCAACAUCGUGCGGGAUGAGGCAGGGGAAGAUCCCGGGUACCCUCGUCCUACAAGAAUCAGAGGGCACUUGGUCGUCGGCCUCCUUUCGGUUGUGGACUUGUAG